AUGCCUGAAGUUCAUUUUCAAGCACCAGUUGUUAUUGAGAAUAAAGAUGGUUGGGGACCAACAGAAGACACGUUUCAAUAUAAAGACAUGCCCUAUCAACCAUACUCCAAAGGUGAUCAAUUAGGAAAAAUUGCUGAUUGGACAGGAACUAUUUAUGGUGAUAAACGAAUAAAUAAUCGAUAUCGUUCACAAUUUGGUGUUGGUGUUGGAAUGUAUCAAUAUAUUCAUGAAGAUGAUGAAAAUACAUUUCAACUUGUUGAUUCAACUCGAUUACCUAAACCGGCUUAUCAAAAACGAACGCGUUUUCAACAAAAUCGUUUUCGUCAACAACAAAAUCAAAAUAAUCGUUUUGCUCAAAUGCAAAAAACAUUUACAGGACCACAGAAAAAAUCUAAAAUAAUGAAAAAUUUAGAAAUGGAUCAAAUGCGACAAAUGAGAAAAUGGCAAAAACAAUUUGGCAAUCGAACUGAUCCACGUCAAUAUCAACAAGCUAAACAACGUGAUCCAUCUGUACGUGUACGAGAAGAUUGGCAAGUUAUUGAAGAAAUACCAUUUACUAGUCUUGCUAAAUUAAGUUUACCAAACGUUAAUGAACCUGAGGAAUUGAGUGUUUGGGGUUCACUUGAAUAUUAUGAUAAACGAUAUGAUCGAAUAACAACAAAAACUGAAAAGAAAUUAAUUAUGGUUAAUCGUUUAAUACAUAAAAUAACUACAACUAAAGAUCCAGUUAUUCGACAAAUUUGUAAAACACAUGGAAAUGUUUUUGCUACUGAUGCAAUUAUUUCAACAUUAAUGUGUUGUACAAGAUCUGUUUAUCCAUGGGAUAUUGUUGUUGAUAAAUUAGGUACACGUUUGUUUUUUGAUAAACGAGAAGAUUCAACCAUUGAUAUGUUAACGAUAAAUGAAACUGCAAAUGAACCACCACCAGAAGAUGGUACAAUGGAUUCAGCAAAAAAUUUAGGAAUGGAAGCUGUUUUUAUUAAUCAUAAUUUUGCACAACAAGUUCUUAAAAUGAAUGAAGAACGAUAUAAGUUUCCAAAUCGAAAUCCAUUUAUUCAACCUGAUGAAGAAAAUGAAGCUGCAUCAGUUGCUUAUCGUUAUCGUUCAUGGGAUUUAGGUAAUAAUCAAACAAUUGUUAUUCGUUGCGAACAAGAUUGUGUUCAAAUUGGACCUAAUGGUGAAGAACAAUUCGUUAAUAUUAAAGCACUAAAUGAAUGGAAUCCGAAGAUUGGUAAUAGUCUUGAUUGGCGAACGAAAUUAGAUAUGCAACGUGGUGCUGUAUUAGCAGCUGAAUUACGUAAUAAUGGAUUUAAAUUAGCUAAAUGGUCAACGUGUGCCAUUUUGGCUGGCUCUGAUCAAAUGAAAUUUGGUUAUGUAUCACGACAAAAUUUUAAAGAUGCAUCACGUCAUACAAUACUUGGCAUGCAAAAUUUUAAACCACAAGAAUUUGCAACACAAAUGGCUUUAAAUAUAGACAAUGGUUGGGGUAUUGUACGAGUUUUGGUCGAUUUUUUUAUGAAUAAACCUGAUGGACGAUAUUUGAUUAUGAAAGAUCCAAUGAAGCCAAUUCUUCGAAUUUAUAGUGUACCGGAAAAUUCAUUUGAUAGUGAAGAAGAAACAAGUGAGGAAGAAAAUAAUCAACAAGAAUCAGAGCAACAAAAGAAAUAA